AAGUUUCGGUUACUUUGUAUAAGAACGAUAGAUAAUUUACAACUAAAAAUAAGUAAGACUGGUUAGCUUGGUAACAGUAUUGUCUUGGGAUGCGGUUUUCUUUGAAAAGAAACAUUUGUAGGGGAGCUUUCCUCAUUCACAGACUUUAAUCGUGUUUAGGAGUAAGAACUAAUUUUCGUGAACAGGUUACAGACUUAAGCCUUCUCUUUUAGUAUUGUUUAUUGGGAGUGUGAUGGAAAUGGUUAUUGAAAGAGGAAGUAGGAAAGUAAAUUUUUCUGGUAGGCUUUUGCAUUCCGCUGCAAUAAAUCUAUUGCUGGUGUAUAAAGUAUCCUAUUAUCUUCUGUUAUGGUUUGAUUUUCCCCAAAAUGCCUUCUUUCAGGUACAGAGUAAGAAAAUUGAAGUAAACGACCAUGGGAGAUGCUGCAAAACCAUAUUUUGUGAAACGGGCUAAAGACCGAGGGGCUUUAGAUGAUGACGACUUCCGAAGGAGUCACCCACAACAAGAUUAUUUAAUAAUGGAUGAUUAUGCUAAAGGCCAUAUUGGUAAAACUGAAAAAGGCCUUCCAAAAAAGAAAGUAUCACCAGGGAACUAUGGGAAUACUCCCAGAAAAGGACCAUAUGCAGUUUCCAACAGUCCAUAUGCAUUUAAAAACCCCAUUUACAGCCACCCGACCUGGAUGAAUGACAGCUACAAAGAUCAGAGUAGGAGAUGGCUUUCCGAUGAACUUUCUGGUAAUUCGGACAAUUGGAGAGAAAGUAAACCUGGACCUAGAAUUCCAGUUACAAGCAGACCAAGAAAAGACCCCUUUCAAGAAAGUGAAGAUGGGUAUAGAUGGCAAGAUGGAAGAGGCUGCAAAACUGUGAGAGGACUGUUUCAUAAGGACCUAACGAACCUAGAAGCUAUGUCAGAAAUUGAAGCAGGAAGCCCUGAAAAUAAGAAGCAGAGGUCCAGACCAAAGAAACUCAGGAGAACGAGAGAUGAGGAAAAUGAACAGGACGAAGACUUGGAAGGUCCUGUGAUUGAUGAAUCAGCCCUGUCCAUGAAGGAGCUCCUGGGCUUACAGCAGGCUGAAGAGCGACUGAGAAGAGACUGCAUUGAGAGACUAAAAAGGCGACCGCGAAACUGCCCUACAGCAAAAUACACCUGCAAACUCUGUGAUGUUUUAAUUGAUUCCAUUGCAUUUGCCCAUAAGCAUAUCAAAGAGAAAAGACACAAGAAAAACAUUAAGGAAAAGCAAGAAGAAGAGUUACUCACAACAUUACCCCCACCAACACCCUCUCAGAUAAAUGCAAUCGGCAUUGCCAUUGACACAGUGGUACAAGAGUUUGGCUUGCACAAUGAGAACCUGGAAAAGAGACUAGCAAUUAAACAGAUCAUGGAAAAUGUAUUCCAGCACAAGUUACCAGAUUGUUCUCUAAGAUUAUAUGGGUCAUCCUGUAGCCGAUUUGGUUUUAAAGAUUCAGAUGUAAACAUUGACGUCCAAUUUCCAGCUAUUAUGUCUCAACCAGAUGUCCUCUUACUUGUUCAAGAAUGUUUAAAGAAUAGUGAUUCUUUUAUUGAUAUUGAUGCAGAUUUCCAUGCCCGAGUGCCAGUGGUGGUGUGCAGAGAAAAGCAGAGUGGUCUUCUUUGUAAAGUGAGUGCAGGAAAUGAAAAUGCUUGUCUGACAACCAAUCAUUUAACUGCCCUUGGAAAACUAGAACCAAAACUGGUUUCUUUGGUGAUUGCAUUCAGGUACUGGGCAAAGCUAUGCAGUAUAGAUCGCCCCGAAGAAGGUGGCUUGCCACCUUAUGUGUUUUCCCUAUUGGCCAUUUUCUUUCUUCAACAGAGGAAAGAACCUCUUUUGCCUGUCUACCUAGGAUCAUGGAUCGAAGAAUUUUCAUUAAAUAAACUAGGGAACUUCUCCCUUAAAGAUGUCACCAGAGAUGUUGUGGUGUGGGAGUAUGCUGAAUCCACCACAGGGGAUAAAGACCCAGCUAAAGUAGAGUCAACUGGAGAGCCCAGAGACAUGGCCCUGAAAAGGGGACAGGUACCAUUAAUAUUUGAGUUAAAGCAUCAACUUUCAGUACCAGUUGGGCAACUCUGGGUGGAACUGCUUCGAUUCUAUGCUUUAGAAUUUAAUUUGGCUGAUUUGGUGAUAAGUAUACGUGUCAAAGAACCUGUGUCUCGUGAAUCAAAGGAUUGGCCCAAAAAACGUAUUGCCAUCGAAGAUCCCUACUCUGUUAAGAGGAAUGUGGCGAGGACCCUAAGCAAUCAACCUGUCUUUGAAUACUUACUUCAUUGUUUAAGAACAACGUAUAAAUAUUUUGCUCUUCCACACAAAGUGACAAAAUCUAGCCUUCCAAAACCUGUGGGUAUAGUUCCAGGUACUUUAGAACAUUCUAAAGAUGUAAUAAGUCAUGACUCAGGUGUCCAAGCUAAAGAGAACAACUUAAAAAGCUCCGUUCUGGCUCGGGGAUCUGGUGCUAUCAGUCCAGCGUCAAGCACGCACAAGGUACAGCCACUCAGUCUUAAACAGCCUGCUGAUUCCUUUGGAGAUGCACCCACAGAGGAAACAGGAAGCAUCAGUGUAAACUUGGAAUGCUCAGACUGUGUCAAAGCAGAGCCCAGUGGUGAUGACUGUGAGGGUGUUACUGUGCAAGAAACAAGAGGGGAGGAAGAAAAGUUAAAAAUUGAAAGGGAGGCCCCCCAUCAUUUGGCUGAUUGUGACCGAGAUGUAAACAGUAACAAGCUCACAGAACUUGCAGUUGGUGACAACACACAGGAGACUGACAAGACUUUGGAUUUAGAAGGUUUCCGAAAUCUUACAGUCCAAGGGCGGGAUGGAUUUAUCACUAUAGUGGUCAAGGCUGACAUUGAUAGAGAAAGCUUACACAGUCCUGAUAAACUUGAAGACUCUCUCAACCAUUGUGCUCCUUCAGUACAGAGCCACACAUCAGAAACCAUUCACUCAGAUGAGGAGGAGGAGGAAGAAGAGCCCACACUCACCAUUAAGGAAAGGGAAGAUGAAGACAUGGUUAACAAAGAUGAGUUAGACAAGCCUUUGACUGGAUCAGGGGAGGAGGAGGCCAUGUCUGAAGAGGAGGAGGAAUUGGGCGGGCUUGCCAGCUGUGAAGACUUGAAAGAAUGUGGGAAACAAGAAGAUGGAACUCUACUAAUGGAACUGAAUAAAAUAAGUAUUAAGGAAGAAAAUGUAUGUAAGGAAAAUUCAACUGAGGACCAGUCAGAUCUCUUCUAUGAGUUCAGUAAACAGAUCUUCACCAAAGGCAAGUCUCCUACUGUGGUGUGCAGUUUAUGCAAACGAGAGGGUCAUCGGAAAAAGGACUGUCCCGAAGACUUCAAAAGAAUCCAUCUGGAGCCUUUGCCACCAUUGACACCCAAAUUCUCAAGUAUCUUAGAUCAAGUUUGCAUCCAGUGUUACAAGGAUUUUUCUCCAACCAUUUUAGAAGAUCAGGCUCGUGAGCAUAUUCGGCAAAACUUAGAGAGUUUCAUAAGACAGGAGUUUCCAGGAACUAAAUUGAGCUUAUUUGGCUCUUCGAAAAAUGGAUUUGGGUUCAAGCAAAGUGACCUUGAUGUCUGUAUGACAAUCAAUGGACUUGAGACUGCUGAGGGGUUGGACUGUGUAAGAACUAUUGAAGAAUUAGCAAGAUUCCUCAGGAAACAUUCAGGUCUGAGAAACAUCUUACCUAUUACGACAGCAAAGGUGCCAAUUGUAAAAUUCUUCCAUUCAAGAAGUGGUCUGGAAGUGGAUAUCAGUCUAUAUAACACAUUGGCCCUUCACAAUACAAGGCUCUUAUCCGCUUACUCAGCCAUUGACCCCAGAGUGAAAUACUUGUGCUAUACUAUGAAAGUAUUUACAAAAAUGUGUGAUAUUGGUGAUGCAUCUAGAGGCAGCUUAUCCUCAUACGCAUACACUCUGAUGGUGCUGUAUUUUCUCCAGCAGAGAAAUCCACCCGUCAUUCCAGUCCUUCAAGAGAUAUACAAAGAUGAAACAAGACCUGAAAUAUUUGUUGAUGGCUGGAAUACUUAUUUUUUUGAUCAAAUCGAAGAGCUGCACACCUAUUGGCCAGAAUGUGGAAAAAAUACAGAAUCUGUUGGGCAGCUAUGGUUAGGACUUCUUCGUUUCUACACAGAGGAAUUUGAUUUUAAAGAAUAUGUAAUUUGCGUCAGGAGAAAAAGUCUGCUUACAACUUUUAAGAAACAAUGGACCUCGAAAUACAUUGUUAUUGAAGAUCCUUUUGAUUUGAAUCAUAAUCUCGGAGCUGGAUUAUCAAGGAAAAUGACAAAUUUUAUAAUGAAAGCUUUUAUCAAUGGAAGAAGAGUAUUUGGUAGUCCAGUCAAAGGAUUUCCGAAGGACUAUCCCUCCAAAAUGGAGUAUUUUUUUGAUCCAGAUGUCCUAACGGAAGGAGAGCUGGCACCAAAUGAUAGAUGUUGCAGAAUUUGUGGGAAAAUAGGACACUUUAUGAAGGACUGUCCUUUGAGGAGAAAAGUGAGACGACGGCGAGAUCAGGAAGACACCCUCAACCAAAGAUACCCUGAGAGCAAAGAGAAAAGAAGCAAAGAGGACAAAGACAUUCAAAACAAGUACACAGAAAGGGAAGUGUCGGCAAAAGAAGACAAGCCCGUGCAGUGCAUACCUCAGAAAGCCAAGCCAGUCAGGACCACUGUGGACAUGGGGAGAGAGAAGCUUCUCAGACCUCCAGUAGAGAAGUGGAAGAGACAGGAUGACAGAGACUUAAGAGAAAAGCGUUGCUUUAUUUGUGGAAGAGAGGGGCACAUUAAAAAAGAGUGCCCACAGCUUAAAGGCUCCUCAGGUUUGUCUAAAUCAGGUUGUGUAUUUGGACUCCCUUCUUCACCUAGCGCUUUGAGACCAGCUGGCACCUUUUCUCAGGCAGUGCUUUUACAGGAAGAAAAAAAGAAACCCAAAACAGCAAUAUUUUUGAGUCCCCAGUCAGGUAGCCUUUCCAGUAAAUAUAUGACUCAGGGAAAAGCCUCCCCGAAGAGGACCCAGCAGGAAUCAUGAGGGACCGAAAAUGAAGCACUCUGGCUGUUCAGGCAUCUGUAUUCCCUCUGAGAAUUAGGAUCACUUCACAGGACACAGCAACAUAGAUCAGACUUCAGUUUAACAUGGAAGGGAAAUGUCAGAACUUUUUUAAUUUAAUGAAAUUUUUAAUGAGGAAAAAAAAAUUUUAAUAGGACCUUAUCUAUCACAGAUACCCAUAGAUUUCAAGAUUUUAAUAGAAAGCCAUGACAUAUGUAUUUAAGCCAGGUUUUUUUAAGAAAAAACUAAGAUGUAACUACGCCGGUAUUCAGUGAAUACAGUUGGAUGGUUUUUAAUUCCUUCAGAGUACACUAAAAUGUGUGCUGAUGAACCCCAGUACAUUAACCUCCCUCCCCCAUAGAUCCCUUGUGUGUUUAGAAGAGGGGAAAUUAUAUUUAUUGUCUGCAGAUCCCUUAUGUGGACACGUAUCAAAUACGUGUGAACUGCUACAACUAUAUUUACAAAAAACUUAAUGCUAUUUGUAGAAAAAGUGAAAACAUGGACUUGAGUACAUAUCUAUGUGAGCCUUCAAUGGAUGAGGGUUUUUGAUUUUUUUUCCCCUCUAAUUUUGUCAGUUGAACAUAGCUACUAUGCUCAUAAAAAAAAAUGAAAUGAGGACAGGUGGUCCUGCUUGCCACUAAAAAAACUUCUUUUCUUAAGAGAAAAAUGACAAAAUAAAAGUGCUUUUUAUUUUUUAUGAAUUCACAAAUUAGGGUAGAGAACUUUUCAAAUCCCAGAAGAUUACAGAGGACUCUGCCCAUCUCAAGUUUGGUUGGAGUCAUUUUGGGGUGGCUGGAGCCCUCCAGGAACUGUUGCUGUAAUUUCACAGCUCCCUUCUGAAGUCGUAUGUGGUCAGAACUCUGCCUCGGUUUAUUUAUCAUUUUGAAAUAAAAUCAAAUUUUCAGCCUGUAA